AUGUCUUCACCUCCUCCAUCUCACCCCCCUAGGGACAUCCGCCGCAGAAAGUCAUUUCUCUUCUCCAUUCUUUCCUGCAAAUGUGUCUCCAUUUUCAUUCUGCUCGUCUUCGUUCUGCCGAUGAUGACGCUCUUCCUCCUGCUCGCGAUCCCCAUGUUCAUCGCCAAGAAGCAUGAACUGCAGUACUUUAGCGAACUCGAGCAUCAUCGUGAAGUUGAAAGUCAAUGGGACUUUUUCGCGAAAAAGAUGCCCUGGAUGCUGGAAGUCCCGACGGAGGUGCGACCGGAGCGACCGGUGUCGUGGAAUGAGCGCCGAGUGCCCCUGAUCAAGGACAUUACGCAGCUGUGGAGCGGCACGUGGAAGCAGCAGAUGCAGCUGUACGAGGACGGCACGGCAGAGUAUCCCUCGCAGGAGUUUUGGAUAUAUAUCGGGGGAACGUCCAAGAUGGAAGAGACCACGAGUCCGGGCAAAUCAUCCCAGGCUAGAAGUUUCGACUGGAAGAAAAGUUUCCGAGCUGCGUUCACAAGAUUGAACAGCUACAUGGGAGAUAUCCUCCCCACCCUCCCUGGUCCCAACUGUGUCGACGAGCCGCACAUCUGCCAUGCCUACAACAAUGCGUUUGACCGGCUCAUUGAGCUCUACCACACCCACCGUGUCAACCAGACUGGUGGCGCGGGACUCGCCUUUGCAGAUUGCGACGUCAGCCCUGCACUGUGCGACGAGUGGGCGACCAACGCGGUAGUUAUGGUCCACGUGAAGACCCAGAGUCCCUGCCGGACGGAGUUUGAGCCCAGCUUCCGGUUUAUCUGCUCCGUCAAGUGGCGGUUCGUGGGGCUGCCGCUGAAGAAGAUGCCGUUUUACCGGACGAUGCCACUAUCGUCGCUGUUAGCAAUGUCACCGUCAUCACCUUCCAUCAUCACACCGCCUAGCAAGGAACUACCGGGGAGGGAUAAUGACCCCGUGGUACCUGUAUUUCCUAGCGCGUUCGAACAGCUGCAUUCGCUGGUUAGUUAUGACGGGAGCGUCGAGGCGCUUGACUUUGAGGAGUAUGAAGUGGAGGAGAUCAUCGUCCCGAUUGAUUGA